AUGCCCCACUUCUUGGAUUGGUUUGUGCCGGUGUAUCUGAUGAUCUCCAUUCUCAUCCUGGUGGGCUUUGGAGCUUGCAUUUACUACUUCGAGCCAGGACUCCAGGAAGCCCAUAAGUGGCGAACGCAGAGGCCGAUCAUGGAACGAGACCUUCGGAAGACACUGAUGAUUCGGGACAACCUGGCCUUCGGGGUGCCCGAGGUCUGA